GGGUCGCGAGGAGGGAGCAGGAAGUCGAGACGUGGCCGCGCAGCCGAGGAGGAGUCGCAGCAGCAGCAGCAGCAGGGGGCGAGGCAGGGGAUGGCGGCCGCGGCGGCGCUGAGCUCGGAGCGGCUGGAGGUCUCCAUUGACGGCCUGACCCUCAGCCCGGACUCGGAGGACGCCCGGCCCGGCCAGCCGGACCUUAGACCGCUCCCUGCCGGCUUGGGUCGCGUCAGUCGGGCUGUGGCUGUGGCUCCGCCUGGGCAGGAGGCCGACGACGACGACGGUGAUGGUGGCGGGGACAGCGGCGAGGGGGCGCAGAGCCUGGAGCGCCGCUGGGGCUUCGGCCUGGAGGAGCUGUACGGCCUCGCGCUGCGCUUCUUCAAAGAAAAAGAUGGCAAAGCAUUCCACCCAACAUAUGAAGAAAAACUCAGACUUGUAGCACUGCACAAGCAGGUUCUGCUGGGGCCUUACAAUCCGGAUACUUGUCCCGAAGUUGGAUUCUUUGAUGUGCUGGGGAAUGACAGAAGGAAAGAAUGGGCUGGACUUGGAAACAUGACGAAACAGGAUGCCAUGACAGAGUUUGUAAAGCUCCUAAAUAGGUGCUGUCAUCUCUUCUCAACAUAUGUUACCUCUCAUAAAAUUGAAAAAGAAGAGCAAGAAAAGAAGAGGAGGGAAGAUGAGGAGCGUAGGCGACGCGAAGAAGAAGAACGAGAGCGUUUACAAAAGGAAGAAGAGAAACGUAGGCGAGAGGAAGAAGAAAGGCUGAGACGGGAGGAAGAGGAAAGGAGGCGGAUAGAAGAAGAGAGGUUCCGGAUGGAGCAGCAGAAACAACAAAUUAUGGCGGCACUAAAUUCCCAGACUGCUGUUCAGUUCCAACAGUAUGCAGCCCAGCAGUAUCCAGGCAACUAUGAGCAGCAGCAGAUCCUCAUUCGUCAGCUCCAAGAACAGCAUUAUCAACAGUACAUGCAACAGCUUUACCAAGUCCAACUUGCGCAGCAACAGGCAGCCUUACAAAAACAGCAGGAAGCUGCAGCUGUAGCAGGGGCUUUAGCCGCCUCAAUUUCAAAGGUGAACUUGGCUGCCACAGAAGUGCCGUCUGUGAAUGGACAGGCCAAUGCACACACAGACAACUCCGAAAAAGAUGUGGAAACUGAUGCUUUAGAAGAGGCGCUGGAGAAUGGACCAAAAGAAUCAGUCCCUGUUAUAGCAGCACCAUCCAUGUGGACACGACCCCAGAUUGCAGACUUCAAAGAGAAGAUUCGCCAGGAUGCAGACUCCGUGAUCACAGUUGGCAGAGGAGAAGUGGUGACCGUUCGUGUACCAACUCAUGAAGAAGGCUCUUAUCUCUUCUGGGAGUUUGCUACAGACAGUUAUGACAUUGGUUUUGGGGUAUAUUUUGAAUGGACAGAUUCUCCUAACACAGCAGUCAGUGUACAUGUUAGUGAAUCCAGUGAGGAUGAGGACGAGGAUGAAGAAAACGCUAGCAGUGAAGAAAAAGCCAAAAAGAGUGCCAACAAGGCUCAACUAGAUGAAAUAGUGCCUGUGUACAGACGAGACUGUCAUGAAGAAGUGUACGCUGGCAGCCAUCAGUACCCAGGGAAAGGAGUCUAUCUUCUUAAAUUUGACAACUCUUACUCACUAUGGAGGUCAAAAACAGUUUACUACAGAGUGUAUUAUACUAGAUAGAGAUCUUGUUGCAGUUGUCAGUCUGGGGAUGUGCAGAAGAUGUCAUGUUAUUUGAAGCUUCCUUCAAGCAUACUGGACCUUUUGACUUUGUUAUCCUGUCUGAUGUACCUGUAUGGGUGUUGGGUUUUUUUUCCUCAGUUUUUGUGUGUGUGAACACUGAGACUUGGUCUUUCUUCUGCAGGUCAGCGUUGAUGCAGAUUUAGUGGGGGUUUGCGAGAUCUUCCCAGUCCUUUCUAGUGAUGUGACUGUUUGUCAGACUGAAGACUGAAAGUCUUGCAAGCAGAUAUGUUGACCUGUUUAAAACCCCUUCAACUUGAACACACACAUACAAUAGUUCAUUGAUGGUGGUUAGGAUGGCAUUGCCUGACCCACAUGUGUUGAACGUUUUACAAAAUCUGUUAAUUUGAGGGUAUCAGCCUUAUUUCAGGGCUGAGGGGAGGGAAUCGGAUGCAAUCUACACUGUAGCAAGCAAGUUUCUUAAAACUGUAUUUGAAUGUCAGAUUUUUACACCAUUAAACUUGAAACUUUAGUGGAUGCAGUUCAGAAAUUAAUAGUCUCAUGUCUGUUCUCAUUCAUGAAGUAGUUUUGGAGCCUUUCUGCUGCGGAAUGAGAUGUAGAAGAGUGGGCUUGUCUUUGCUAGAGGCAUGCAGCCAGUGCAAAGCAAGAGUCUGUAUUUCAGAGAGUUAUCUUGUUUUGUUUUUCACAUUGGAAGAUUUAAUCUUGGGGGUCACAGAUGACUAAGUCAGCAUUCUUUAUUUCUCUCACAACUGCUUCUAAUCCUGAAACCAGAUUUUGUGCAGCAUCAUGGCUUCAUACUUGUACACAACUAAAGUUACGUUUGAAUUAGUCUCUAGAAAUGUCCUGUACAUGCCACACCAAAAUGAAUCAAAGCUGCCCCUCUGCUGUUCCUAUUCAAUUGGGGACAAGGGAAACUAUGUGCAGGAGUCCCUGCUGAAAUUCAUGUUUUUCAAAUCUGAACCCAGUUGUCUGCACAAGCUUUGGGGGGGGAGGCGGGGGGGGGGAGAAUUGUCUGUUUUGGGACUUUUGGUAAACCUUUGCACUUUGUGCAUUUAUAUAAUUAAAGAAUGUUUGUAAUGUUGUAUAAAUUAGUAUUUGGGAAAUCACUGCCACAAACACACCAACUCUAGUUUGUCAAGCUUACAUUUGAGGACUUAUUCUGAGCCCUUUAAUCCUAACUAAUUAUAUGUGGAAAAGAAAUGUAAAAUGAUUAUUCAGAUAUACAAGUAGUAUUCUAAUUUGUGUAACAGUUUAGAGAAAAACUGCAAAAUUGUGUAUUUGUUUAGUACUGAUAAAGGCAGGCGGUGUUCUAAUCUGUAUUUUCAGUGGCAGAACAACCUUUGCAUGGAACUGUGGGUUGCACCCUAACAGCACAGUGGAUGAUUCCAUGAGCUAGAUUCUACUACAAGAACCUUACAGUGUUUCUGAGGGUCCACCGUCCAUGUUCCUCUCCCUCCCAUGCUGCAUUUGAGGGAACACAGUAGGCUGCAGUGGGAAAGGACAAUGGGAAUAUUCCAUUCUUCACUUGUGGUGCUUAGAAUACAACCCCAUAUUUCCAAGACGAAAGAUGGAGUUCUGGUAUUUCAGAAAUAACUUGUGUUAUGCAUGAGGAAUGCAGUCCCCUCUUCCCUUCUGUUUUACAGUAAAAUUUACAUGAAUUAGCUGCAAGCAUAUGUUCCAUUAUAAGUGGGUCUGCUGGAAUUUUGGGGGUUAGAGUUCUGUUUCAGUACUUGUACAUACAUUAUACAUUUUUCCUAUCAAAUCAUAUGGAGAUGGUUGUCCUAAACAACACUCAAUUCUUCUAUCUUGUUUGAUUUAGCACUAUGUUACAAACUUUUGUCUAGUUAGUGCUGCUCCAGCCAUUUGGCUCUAACAUUUUGUUUUCAUAUGUACAUAAUAUUGUAUAAACCAUGGAAUUAAGCACUAGAGUGCUUUUUAAAACCUGUAUUUAAAAAAAUAGAGGUACUAAUUCCAUAUUUCAACUUAGGGUUUUUUUCCAUACAAAAUUAUGACUUUAAAAAGAAAUUGUGUUGGAGAGCAGUAUAUGUUUGUUGUAAACAGCAGCCAUUUACUGUCAACCUUUGGAUACCCAGACUCCUCCUAGACUUUUAAAUAUUGCCUCAAACUGUGGACUAGGACAGAACAAGUGCAAUUUCAAAAUAACUUGGAAUAAUAUAUUUAAUCUGAAUUAAAGUCACUUAUAUGGAA